AUGCCGGCUACAACAUAUAAUUUUCCUGCAAUACUCAACUAUUUCUUCGAUGAAUGUUUGCCUCGCCGGCGAAAGGGGGUUGACCAAGCCUGUCCGACUCCCUUGGACAAAGCCGAGACGCAGAAUUCCACCGACACUGAAUGGCUGCCACCACACUGCCCCCCCACGGACAUGUACGAGCCGGCAAGACCCUGGUCGCGGCCGGAUCUCCAAGACUCCAAUGGAAAGAUCAAACUCAGCAUCUUUGGCCAGCGUGGAGUCGGAAAGACCCACUACAUUCAUCCUGCUAUUGGUCAAGAAAUACCACAGGCUCCUCAGCUGGGCAUGGGGCAUACAUACACAAUACUAGAUACUCUCAAUGGUACCAUUGUAGUUGAUGGCACGGCACACGAACUGAAAAUCUACGACGUUGGCGAAAAACGGAUGGCGACUGUUUUCAAACCCCAAACAUGUAUUUAUGAGGCUCAUCUAAUAAUCUUGGUAUACACACCCAAGGAUACGGAGUCAUACGAUUGGGUUGAUCUGCUGGCCUGGGAGCUUGGCCUCCAAGGCCCACGGGUUGCUCUUCUUGAGAACUCGUAUCUAGGGGAUCAUCGGCCGGACUUGGUGGGUCAUGACGCAGGCCCCCGCCUAGCCAAGAGGAUGGGGUGGCAAUUUUUUCGUCGCUCUGAGAUGGAGGACGAAGCAGAGCCCAUACGUCGGCUGAUUCGUGUCUUGCUCACUUCCGAUUCGAGAUGA